GUAUUGUGUGAUAGUGUGGGAGGAGACCUCUGAGUAGCACAUGAUUCAUUGUUUUAUAUGUUAUCUGUAAUAGCAAUCAGUGGAUAGACUCCUCUUAUGUGUCUCUGCCACAGCACAGUGUGCAGUUUGUUUGUUUCGGUGAUGGGAAAAACAGCCCACGGGGGCCUCUCUUAAUGACUCGAGCUGUACACGGGGAUGAUGGCCACCAUUUUUCAUGAGGCCUUGAUUGAUCAAGCGCUAAAUGGGAAACGACAGCCGCAGCGACAACACGAGAGGAUCACGCGUGGGAUGAGCGGACAUGCAACACUGGCCGCCGCGUUUUCCGUUUCAUACGGCACAAGAGAGGUGUUUCACUCCGCGGCGCAUCCCCCAUUAGCUCCAGACAAAGCUGUCAUAUAUCAUGAAAAGAUAAUAAACUAGCAGCUCGUGGAAACAAUUGCUUUUGGGUCUGAGCUGUGAAGGGCGACGUACAGUGCGCGAGGUGAGAGAGAGCGACUUCUACGCGAGGAGUCGUGCGUCUAAAAAUGUUUAACUACUGGUUUUAAGAGGUAUGUGACACAAGGCAGGCGGCCACAGGAUUUCAGCAUAUAUCCAAAUAAUAAUCUGCUGAAUCUCCAGGCUUCUUUUCUCCCGAGUGUGAGAGUCUCCGGGGGUCGCUAGCAGAAGGCCGAGCCGGAGAGGGGAACAAGACAGGAAGCGCAGAUGCUUACAUAACAGCCUUAUUGAGAGGAUCGGUAUUUGACAUGUCACAUACCAAUCUCCACUAUCAGCCUCCCACUCUAACCCCUGCCCCCACAUGUACUGGGCCGGCCAGGUGUCACUGAGGCCACAUUUGGGCCUCCCCCUGCAGCAGUUCUCCGCUGGGCUCCUAUGAUAUGUUUGUCUGACGGGGGGACGCCCGAUUCGAGCGUCCCGGCCGGGGGUAUGUAAACCGAUUUCCGUCUGCAUAAAUAUUUAGACGUCUCUCCGCACGAAGUUAAAUCCAACAGGUAGCGCUAGAGUCAAUCUCUGACUGAGGGCGAGUUUGAACAGGCUGCGUUUUGCCGUUAAACAGACGCCAAUGAUGGCUGUUUCGCCUAUAAGUCUGCUCGCGGCUGAAAUAAAGAUAAGGAGGUUAUUAAGCAGCGUCCUUCCAGGGGGUGGGGGGGGGAGAAGCCCCGGUGUCUCAGGGUUUUCUCUGCCAGCAGUAGCGGCAGCCUUGCCGACCCUGCACGGCAGUAUUUAUAGAGCACUGUGGAUGAGUCAUUUGGCUGAGUGCCCACUCUUCGUUCACCAGAUUUACAGGUCCCCACAUUGGUGGUGGUGGGGGGGGGGGGGGGCUGCUUGAUUUACGACGCACCCCACCUCCCCUCCGCCGCGAGCUCCCACCCCACCCGUCUCACUUCCUUCAGAGAGGAGCAGACACACCAUCUUGCCUUCGGUUUGCUUCUUCGCUCUCCGCUCCCCGUCCCACACGCUUCACGACUCUCAGAAGCACGCGCCUUCCGUUUUUCCGCCACCUUUGACUGAAGCGCGUUGUGUGCAGGGAGUGAAAGACUUUUCCCGAGAGGUGGACAGAUCAAACCUGGCCUGACCUGAGCGCAGCUGAUCGGCGUGUCACAUUGACCUGCCUUUGACUUAGCAAAAAAAAAAAAAAAAAAAAAAUGAAGUUGUAGGCGAAGGAGUUGCAUGAGCCGGACUGGAGGCAAAGGGAGGAGGAGGGGGAGAGUAGGAAGUGCAGUGGAGUGUGUUUUAGCAGAAACAGAAGGAGAUAAAUCUAUCUGUGGCACAGAACAAGAACAGAUGAAGAAGUGGCACUGGGGGGCCGGCGGUCAGCAGCGAGAGCGUGGCUUUUGCUCCCUAAGCCUUCAGCUGAGGAGGGGGCACGUCGUCGUCCGCGCCCCAUGGAUCUCAACUCCAACCCAGGGGGAGACCGAGAGCGGAUGACAGCCAACCAUGAGACCUACCUCCUUAUGGCCAGCACCCAGAAUGACAUGGAGGAUUGGGUGAAAACAAUCCGGAGGGUCAUCUGGGCGCCUUUUGGUGGAGGGAUCUUUGGUCAGAAGCUGGAGGAGACGGUGCGGUAUGAGCGCCGCUUUGGGAACAAGCUCGCCCCUAUGCUGGUGGAGCAGUGUGUGGAUUUCAUUCGACAGUGGGGCCUUCGGGAAGAGGGUCUAUUCAGGCUGCCGGGACAGGCGAACCUGGUCAAAGAGCUGCAGGAUGCCUUUGACUGUGGGGAGAAGCCCUCUUUUGAUUGUAACACGGAUGUGCACACAGUCGCCUCUCUGCUGAAGCUGUAUCUCAGAGAGCUGCCGGAGCCCGUCAUCCCCUUCCAGAAGUACGACGAGUUUCUGGCCUGCGCCAAACUCCUCGGCAAAGAUGACGAAAUGGGUAUGAAGGAGCUGAGGAGGCUUGUGGACAGUCUGCCUUCAGUAAACUACAACCUUCUCAAAUACAUCUGCAGAUUUCUCGAUGAAGUCCAGUCGUAUUCAGGAGUGAAUAAGAUGAGCGUCCAAAAUUUGGCCACAGUGUUUGGGCCAAACAUUCUAAGGCCAAAAAUUGAGGAUCCAGUGGCAAUUAUGGAAGGUACCGUUCUGGUCCAGCAGCUCAUGGCUGUUCUGAUUGGCCGCCACGACGUGCUUUUCCCCCAAGACGAAGACAGCCCCACGGCCAUCGAGCUGGUCAACAACAACAACAUCGAACUGCCGCGGCGACAAGCCGCCACAACUACCUCUGCCAUCACGACAGUGUCCCAGAACGCCGAGAACAACAACACCCAGGUGGUGCGGCAGUGCGUCUGGGAGGCCCCCGAAUCUCCCUCUCACCGCCAUCACGUCGACAACGGCGGUUCUCCCAGAUCGGCGAGCCCGCGCAACGGCGUGGUCGGACGUUUCGACAUGGCGCGCAGCCCGCCGCUGACGGUGAAAAAGAACCCGGCCUUCAGUAAAGGCAGCGGGAUCGUCACGAACGGCUCCUUCAGCUCGUCGCCGUCCUCCGAUCCCAGUCUAGAGAAGAGCCAGUGUCUGACCGGAGGAGGGAGUUUACCCGUGCGGCGCAGCGGCACGCUCAAAGGCUCGGGUACGAAAAUGGGCACCAGCGGCGUGACGAGCGCCAGCAGCACCGGAGGCAGCGGGACUGCGGGGCUGAGGAUGGGCGUUUCGGGCGGCGACGCGCUCACGGGGAGCCUGAACGCUCGCAACGGCCUGUGGGUGCCAAGCAGCUGCGUCAUGCUGCGGGAGAGCAACAAGACGCGCGACGGGGAUCAAACGACCAAUCAGAACCGGCUGUCCACGUACGACAACGUCCAGUUGAACCACCACAACCUGCAGCAGCAGCAGCAGCAGAACCAGAUCCACAACACAUGUCUGAACACCAGCUGCGAGGACAAGCAGAGCGUGGACAGCGCCACCUGGUCCACGUCCUCCUGCGAAAUCUCCCUCCCCGACAACUCCACGUCCUGCCGCUCCUCCACCACCACCUGCCCCGAGCAGGACUUCUUCGGGGGUCAUUUCGAAGACCUGGACGGUCCGGCGCAGGACGGCGAGCCCCCCCGGUCCGGCGGAGGCGGCAACGGGGAGGGGAGGAACGGCAACAGGGAGGCGAGCGGCGACGGCGCGGGGAGGAGCAGCCGGGGCACCAGCAGCAGCGACAACAGCGAGGGCUACCCUGUGGGGAAUGGCCCCGGCAGCCACAGCGCUCUGCACAGUCUCGUGGCCAGUCUUAAACAAGAGAUGCACAAGCAGAAGGCGGAGUAUGAGGCCAGGAUCAAAAGCUUGGAGCAGCGUAACCUGGAGCUGGAGUCAGAGAUGGUGAGCCUCCACGAGGAGCUGGACCAGGAGAGGAAGAAGUACACCAUGGCGGAAAUCAAGCUGCGCAACGCCGAGCGUGCCAAGGACGACGCCGAGCGGCGGAACCAGAUGCUUCAGAAGGAGAUGGAACAGUUUUUCUCCACGUUCAGCGACCUCACCGCGACCGGCGGCAACGCGGCCGCCGACCCCGGCCGACCGGACCGCAACAACACCAUCUGGAUACAGUGAAGGAGCGCCGGCGAGCCAGAGAAGACGGGAAGCGGUUCAUUUUACAAUGUGAACAUUAGAGACUUCAGACUUUUGGCUGUUUACUGGAGUAGGCAAAUUUGAGAAUUACACUGCGAACGUUGAUGGCCUGGUUUAAUUUAAGAAAUAGGAGAUGAAGGGCUGAUGUAAGCUAACUGUAAAAAAAACAAAAAACAAAUGUGGACAUCACCUGGAGUGAUGCCGGAGUGAUAAUAUGUGUACAUAACGUUAUUUAAAGAGCUCAUGGACACUCUUAAAUCGACUCUGAAACUGUUGUGGUGCUCACACAUCUGACUGGGAAGCGGACGAAAGGGACGGGAUACAACAGUCUGGAAACGGUACUGCUGCUUAUGUUCGGGUGAGGCGAAGAUGGGAGGACAAAAAAAAAAAUGAAAUGAAAUUACCACCUUGGACCUGAAAAUGCAGGAAAGUUAAGGGUAAACUCCCUCAGUAUUUUUACUCGCGUUUAACAUCUAUAACCAAAUGAUAAAAAAAUAAAAUCUGCCUUGUUCGUGUUCAGUGUGAUCCUGUAUCUGCUCAUGUACAUAGAGGGAAACACCGCAGGAGAAAACACAGCCGUUACGUUUGUAAAAAGUAAAGGAAAGAAAAAGAAUUGCAAAUAAUACUUACCUGAUAUUUAAAGCAAAGUUAUCAUUGUUUGAUAUUUUAUAUUAAGUUUUUUUUCUUUUUUUUUUUUCAUGCACUUACGUGUUUGUUCAGUCCCUGCAAGUCUGGUACCGAAUGUCCUGUCCGUCAGUGUGUGUACCAUUUUAAAUUGGAGAGUAUGCUGUACAUGUGCCUGUGCUGUUACAUUUACUCAUGACCAAAAGAGCCUGUACUGUAAAUAUUUUAUAGAUAAUCGUAGACACUACUCGUUAGUCUGCACUGUGGAUCGAAUGAUAUUUUGGGACGGAUAUGGCACGUAAUGAGUUGUUACAGAUUGAAGAAUGUUUUGCAGCUUGUUA